AUGGCAGAAGACAGCUGCCUCACCGGUAAAUUUGCAGAGAACUACCGUCCGUCCCUCCCUCAGCCUGCGUCAACACCGCUGCCGCCUCCCAGGGAUGAGGUAAGGGGCUGGCAGGAGGCGAGAAAGCGAGGAAAUUGCAGGCUCCCAGUUUCCAGGAAGAUGGACAGCUACCCUCCCGCCACCUUUACCGACCCGCUGGUUCCUGCGUUCCCCGCAGCCUGGGCCUAUGAACGGAGCGCCGCCGGGACCCAGAAACCCCUGAGCCCAGACACACAUAACAUGCAGGGGAAGACGUCUGAAGGGAUCACAAUUCUAUUGAUGUUGCUGUCUCUCCUUUUGGUUUCAGGAAGACAAGAGGCUCCUCUCCAGGUGACCGGACUCCUAAACCAGUCUGUCUCCUUAUCACACCACCUGCAGCAGACGGUCCCGUUAAAAAGAGUAGUCUGGGAACUGGAACAUAAUGGAGAUGCCUUCAAACUGGCAGAGUACAAGGAUUCCAGUUUAAUCAUACAGAACAGUCGAUUUGCUAACCGCCUGGAAGCAUCUCACGGGGGUACGACGUUGAGAAUCCGAGAGCUGAGGAUGGAGGACAGUGAGGUCUAUAAAUCGUUAAUUACUUUUAGAAACGCGGAUAUAAAAACAGUGUAUUUUAAUCUCACCGUCUAUGAACCAGUUCCUGUGCCAAAUAUAGAAAUUGAAGCAGUGACUGACAAUAAGACCUGGUGUAAUUUUACUCUUCAUUGUUCCGUUCCAAGAAACGUAUCACCGGGGUCUGUCAGUUGGCUGUACAGAUAUGAAGGCUCUGAGUACCAACAUUAUACUGGGAGAAGCACAGUGGAGAUAUCACUGCAGAAUAUGAUGGAUAAUAUGGAACUGCUAUGUUUGGUACAAAACCCAGGAGAUAAAAAGAAUCAAAGUGUUUAUGUACAUGACAUCUGCCUUUAUUCCAUGUGGUCCGUCUUUGGUAAAACAUGCUGGAUUAAACUGUAUUUAUUUCUCCCCAUUCUCGCUAUACUGACUAUUAUUUUGCUGCUGGUUACAAAAAAGACGUCUUUACAAUAA